UAAUGAGGCAAAAAUGAACAAAUUAAAUACAGGAAUCUGUUGAAAGAGCUACUGAGAAAGCUCUUUCAAGGUACUAACAAGAACAAUAUAUCUACAACAAAUAUUAUUUUGAUCCUUUCAAUAUCUAGAAUUUUUAUGGGAAGUCAUUGCUUCAUUUUCUUGUUGAAUAUUUCUAAAGAGGGUAGACAGUCUUACACUCAACUGUUUUUCUCUAUGAUUCAGCGUGCAUAUUGAUCUACAAAGGAAAAAAGGGCUUCCUUUGUAGAUUUCAUCUAGGACCAGGUAGCCUUUCUGGAAGUCAAUCUAAAACUUUUCUUUUUCUAUGACUGCGCCCAAUAUAUGCCACAUGUCGUAACCCAACAGGCUGAUAAGCAAGAAUUCAGCAGCCGCCGUUUAUGAAAUCUGUGUUUCUCUCCCCAUAUCUUUAAGCAGCAUUCAAAAGCCAACCUGACUUCCAUUCCUGUUGGGUACUAGAGUCAUAAUUUCAGGAUUGCAUUUUGGUAACAUCUCGUAUAAUUUGUGUGAUCAUGAGUUACUACAAUCACCAACAAGCUCCAGUGGUAUAUCCUCCACCUCCUACUUCAUAUCCUCCAGUGGCGCCAGGGCAAGUGUAUCCUCCUCCGCCUCAAUCCUAUGCCCCUCCAGUCCAAGGUCCAUAUGUUGCUCCACCGCCAGUUGCUUACCCCAUGAAAAAUGGAGUAGAAGUACAGCAACACCCACCAGAAACUAGGCAGAGGGGUGACGGGUUCUGGAAAGGAUGUUGUGCUGCCUUGUGUUGCUGCUGCCUCCUAGAUUGGUGCUUUUGAGGACUCUCUCUCUCUCUCUGUCUGCCCUUGCCUUUCUCUUCCUCUUGAUUUUCCUUUCUAUAUAUAGAAUUUGGUAUCAGCUCAAGCAGAAGGAAAUAGGUAGAAUUAGGGACCUAUUGGCAUUUUAUGUACUCCGUGCUCUCACCGCACAAUAAUACCAUCUGGUUAUUUGAAAUUUCCAUGUGAAUUAGAAUAAGACGUUUAAGGCAAUGAGACUACCUGUGUUUGUCCA